UACUGCGAUAGCUUGAUACUGUGCAAACAAGUAGUUUCCUAUUUUGAGGAAAAUAAAUGAGCCGAUCAAAGUCUAUUGUUGGGCCAAUUGCCUACCCAUAGGCCAUAGAUGCUGUCCGUCGAAACUUUUUUUUAGCAGCCAGUCCGAUGACACUUCAACUAGCUGUAUCCACUUUGCCCUUUCUCUUUCCCCAAACCCCGCACCGCAUCCCCCCGAACUCCCGAAGGCCCUUGACUGUCUGGAACAGCGCCAUCAGCUGGAUCGGUCCUCGAUCCCGUGACACCCAUGGGCGCCUCCACUCCUCGCCACCAUCCCAGCUCCCCCUUCCAGCGAUCCCUCCUCUCCAAGCGGAUCAUCACCUUGGCUCUAUACGCCCUGGUCCCGCUCGCCCUCCUCCACUACCUCCUCUCCUUCCCUCCCAUUCCAGCCCCAACCACCUCCUCCCCGCCACCGCCCAAAGUUGCUGCCGCCGCCGGCGGAGCAGCAAGAAAGAUCGCGGCGCCAAGGUGCGACUACUCGGAUGGGGCGUGGGAGCGGAGCGAGGCGGGCCCGCUGUACAACGGCACGAGCUGCGGCGAGACGAUCAAGGCCGCCCAGAACUGCGAGGCGCACGGGCGGCCCGACACGGGGUACCUCCGGUGGCGGUGGCGGCCGCGCGGGUGUGCGCUCCCGCCGUUCGACCCCGCCGAGUUCCUGCGCCUCGUCCGCGGCCGCCACGUCGCCUUCGUGGGCGACUCGCUCGCGCGGAACCAGUGCGAGUCCCUCGUGUGCCUGCUCAGCUCCGCGUUCCCGGCCCAGCUCGUGCGCGGCGCCGGCGGAGGCGACGGGGAUGGGGACGGCGACGAGCUCCGCAAGUUCCGGCGCUGGGUGUUCCCGUCGCACAACGCCACGGUGUCCGUGUUCUGGUCUCCGUUCCUGGUGAACGGCACGGAGAAGGCCAAGGGAGCGGCGGUGGGGCUGGACCACAACCGGCUGUACCUGGACCAGCCGAACGAGCGGUGGGCGGCGGAGGUGCCCGGCAUCGACGUGGUGGUGCUCUCCGCGGGGCACUGGUUCCUGCACUCGGCCCUCUUCUACGACCGCGGUGCCGUGGUCGGGUGCCACCACUGCCCGGAGCCCAACCGCACGGAGACGGGCUUCUUCGGCGCGUUCCGCCUCGCCGUCCGCGGCGCGCUGCGCGAGGUCGUCCUCCGCGGCGCCAGGGCGCGGCGCCAGGGUCGCAGGCCGAAGCUGGCCGUGCUGACCACGUUCUCGCCCGCGCACUUCGAGGGGGACUGGGACAGCCCCACCGCGUGCGCGCGCACCGUGCCGUACGCGCCCGGGGAGCGGGCGAUGGAGUACAUGGACGGCGAGAUGCUCCGCGCCGAGGCCGAGGAGGCGGCCGCGGCCGCGGCGGACGCGCGGGCGCGCCGGGCCGGCGUGACGGUGGAGACGCUGCAGGUGACGCGGAUGGCCGGGCUGCGCGCGGACGGCCACCCGGGAGCGUACAUGCACCCGUUCCCGUUCGCCGGCGGCGCGAGGGAGCGGGUGCCCAACGAUUGCGUGCACUGGUGCCUGCCGGGGCCCAUCGACACGUGGAACGAGAUACUGCUGCAGCUCGUCAAGCGGUGGGCGGACGGGGUCGACGCCGACGCCCUGUCCUCGUCGUCGCCAUGAAAGAUGGAAGCUACCGUCGGCGUCACCGCAAGAGGAGUCUGGAUUUGGGAGUUUGGUUCAAAUUAGUACUAUAGACUUGUUCGAACUAGAAUGUUUAGACCUUAAUUAUUUAGAGAGAUUCCAAGUCGAAACGGCAUCGCUACGAGGGUUUGACCAGGAAGUGUUACGAUGUUCUAACAAGUUGUUCUUGGACGGUUUUUGUUGUUCUCAUGCGCUUGUAGUAUUGUACUACAUCCAUUUUAAUUUAUAAUUUGUUUAACCCUUUUAUCUUAAGUGUAACCGACAUCUAAUUUCAUUAUUAUUAUUAUUAUUAUUAUUAUUAUUUA